CAGCCUUUGAGUCCAAAUUUCUCAUAAAUUAGGUAAGGGGUGAAAUUUCUGUGCAGCUUCUUGGUUCAAAUAUUUCAUAGGCUUCUGUUGAAUUUUUAAUCAUUUGAGUUAUUUUCAUCAACUACUAGCCUUGUACUAUUCACAGUCAACGGUCUUUGUUCUUGUGAUAAUAUCUUUAUAAAUAUGAUCGCCUCAUGCUGUUCAGUGUUCAUUCUCAUCUUUGGGUGGAUAAGGUGUUGAUCCUACAGUACUACUCCACAAAUGGCGCAAUUUGGUGGAAAUCCCUUCUUCAGUUGCAGAAAUUGCCAAAAUCCUCUUGCGCUGCGUGAUGACCUUAUAUCCAAAAAGUUUGUGACAAAAUCAGGGGCAGGAUAUAUGUUCUCUCGUGCAAUGAACAUCAUUGUGGGACAAAAGGAGGACAGGCAGUUGAUCACUGGCGUUUUCUCUAUUGCUGACAUAUUUUGCAGCAACUGUGGAGAGGUCUUGGGUUGGAAGUACGUUCGAGCUUAUGAAAUAUCCCAGAAGUUCAAGGAAGGCAAAUUUAUAAUUGAGAGAGCAAAGAUUGCCAAAGAGUACUAAUAGCACUUUGCUGCUCAUAAUAAUUCCAUUUGGAAACUCUUUUUUCACUUGUUGGUUUAUAUUUAUAAUUUGGGACAAAUUUGGAUUUGGAGGCGCAAGCAUUGUUUGUUGGGUCGUUUUUCCAGCUUGGGGAAAACAAAUGUUAACCCUUGCCUUAAAAGGUACAUAGCAUUUUAUAAUGUACGACAUCCAUCAAUUGUCGUUUCUCCGGCGGAUGCAUAAGCAAUCAACAAUCUUGUGCCUUGUGGUGCAUGCAAUUUCCUUCA